CAUCGCCACGAACGGCCACGACUACGACAACGGUAGACAUUAAAGAGACACCACAGCAGCGAGCCAGUCUGCGGACACCUGGUUAUUAAUUAGUGAUCACCAAUACCAACUCCAGCACAGUAAACUUCACUACAUCAUACAAAGUGAGGAAUCAAUAAGAAAAUUGACACCUCAAUACAUACAGGAUAUAUGAGAAAAUAUUUGAAAUAAAGUGGUGAGAGUGGCGGCAGUGUCCGGAUAUAUGAGAUAGUGAAGAGUGAGAGGGAGUGUGAGGAGCAGGGAGGGAGUGAGAGAGUGUGUGAGAGAAACGUGAGGAGGAGGAUAAAAGGAGCGCGAAAGGAAGACGCACCUGCGAAGAUCACAGGAGUCGUCACAGAGGAGUAAAGGAUUACCAGACAAUACCAACAAGACCAAGAGUCUCCCACCACCACCACCAUGAACCCAGCUAACAUCCAGCCUACAUUCAUGGGCUUCUACAACAGUAUGGCCACCUGCUUCAGGAAGUACACAGCGCCCUUGGGGACACGCCGUAAGGAUGGAGCCAGUGGGGAAGGCAGUGAAGGUAGUGCCCCUGGGGAGGAAGACCCCCUGGCUCAGACUACCGCUGGGCAGGAGGCACAGCAGCAGCUAGAGCAGAGUCAGCAAAAGCAGGAACAGCAGCAGGUGGAGCCAGAGGAGCCAGAGCUGCCCAGCGAGCCUGAACUGCCACCUGAUGUUCUUCACAAACACGAUGAAAAUAUCGUGUUUAAGGUACUGACGCAAGAGUACAGCGACGCAGCCGUCGACCUUCUGUGUAAUCAUUUCUUCAAGGACGAGCCCCUGGGGAAGGCACUCUAUCUCGACAGCCCGAGGGAGGUCGACCACUGGCUCUCUAAGGUCUUGCCUCACAUGAUCAGUCACGGGGUGUCGGUGAUGGCGAUAGAUGAAUCAGCUAACGGGCGGCUGGUGGGUGUGGCCAUCAAUAGCAUCAAGAGGCGUGGCGACGCCCCAGGGCCUGACGAUUUCCUCGCCUGGAUCGACCCUAAGAAGGAUCCUAAGAUGUUCAAGAUCAUUUCCUUCCUCACGCAACUCGCCAGCGACAUAGACUUCUUCAGCCAAUAUAGCGUCGAAAAGUUCUUCAACUUCGAGCUGUUGAAUGUGGACAAGUCAUACGGCGGGCGCGGCAUCGCCUCUAUGCUAGUCCAGCAGAGCUGUAACGUUGCAAGGACCCAGGGCUUUACCUGCCUCGUCGCCGAAACUACAGGCAUCUUCUCUGCCAAGAUCUUCGGGCGACACACCUUCAAGACCAUCCGGGAGGUGCAGUAUUCCCAGUUCCGGCAGAACGGUCGCAUCGCCUUCCCCAACACUGGUAUUCACACCUCAGCACGCGUCUCUGUUAAGAUCCUAGAGCCCCUUGUGCCUAACAGCACUUAAAUCAUGCCAGUCAAUGCCUGGGGCUCGGCACUCAUUCCCGGGAUCCCACUAAACACAUCUUCAUGUCCAAUAGUAGUAAUUAAUAGGGAGGUCAGUUCCUUCGCCCCAGCUAGGUACUUCAUUGCCACCGAUGAUUGGUUAAGUGACUAACCUCAACCAAUCACCGGCCGCCAUGCACUACCCAGCGAAUCAUAAUAAGUCCAUUUCUCCUGUAAUUAUAUGAACGAGCAUGCUUAGAGGAUCAUGAUGAAAACUACAUAUUCAGAACAUUAACUGACAGAUACGUCAUACCAUAGUAAAUGUACCGGUAACUACAAUAACAUUUCUAUACAACUAGAGUUAGACACCAAACUGUCAACUCCCACUCUUGUCUGAUACUAUAAUCUAAAUAAUGAUGUGUUUGUUACGUGCUGUGUAAAGAUUUAUGAUAUUGUUUCAAGGCGCAGGAAAUAUAUAAAGCCUUAAGUUUGUAUAAUCUAGCCGCCUGGCUUCCCAUGAUGGUUUCAUUAUCUGAAGACGUGCAGUAUAAGACAGUAGGAACAUUUCUAAAUGCUUAUAUACAUAUACCUGUAUAAACUUUGCCAUUUUUAAAGUAAAUUAAACGUGUGUGUUCCACUGAGAAUGAAAUCAAGGAACAUGUCUUCUGUGCCGAUGAGAUACAUUUCCUGAGACACGUCUCGGAGUAACAAUUUCACAAUACUCCGAUAAUAUUCAGUAUUUGUACACCGGGAUCUUCAGAAACCACCGAAGUACCAUCUAUGGAUAAAAUAUGACUAAACAUUAAGUAUUUACUGGGAAGUGUACUUGCUGCUAAUAAGAAAUAUGUAAUCUCUGUACUAGUUAAUGCUUGAGUAAUGUUGUCACUCACGUGGAACGUGUGGAUGACUGUGUUGUUUGAAUAAUGUUAGGAGAGAACUCUGUUGUCUACUUUUCUUGGUUGUAUCAUACAAACACAUUCCGAAACAAAACACUUACACAAACAACCCAAACAAACCGUAACAUAUUACAAAACCAAAGGUUAAACGCCAAGACUUAACAGCACUAGAAAUUAAACUCAAAUGCUCGAAUAAAUCUUCCAUAACUAGAAUACUUACCUAAGUUAUUGUCCCUAAAACUGUGGUGUUGUUUUAAUGUACAGCUAGCUGGAAGAACCAUGAGAACAACAACUGUAUUUCAAAUGGGCUGCGUCCUGCUGCCAAUUAAGGUUGGAUAAUACUUUACAUUAAUGCGAGAGUAUUAGCAGUUUUGCUGUAAACAUUUCUUUAUUAAUUUACAAGUUCUGUCUGUUAUUAACCAGCUGACCAAGGAGGGCAUUUCAUAACGGAUGUAAUGAAUCGUGUUACACAACACCUGUGCCAUCAGCUGUGAAUCCAGCGAGUAAAUGACCAUGUUAUGUUGAGCCACAGCACUGGUAGAGGUGCAGGUGCGUCUGUAACAAGGAGUUGAUGAGUGGACUACUUUAGUGUUGUGGGUAGUAGAGGUGUGGGUGGUGCUGGGGGAGGAGGGGGGGGUCUUCAACUUCCUGCCUCUACUAACUUCAGCCCCAACACCCAGGCCAGUAAAGGCACCUCACUACCCUCAAAAACAAAGACUCGUCCGUCACUAUCCACACACACCACUCUAGCAUUUGACUAAAACAAUGGAGUUUGUGUGCCUCUCGCAUCAACUUUGGAAAAAAAAAGGUGGGUCGGUCAACUCUUUAUGGCGGAUAAUUAUGGCUGUAAGGAUGGUUGUAUUUACAUCUUUUGCUAAACAUGCAGAAAAGCCAUUUAUAUAUUUAUUAACUCACCCAGAAAACUCAUGGUAAAACGUUUUAACAGGUGAAUCGGGAUACCGCACAAAAACACAAAUAUAACAGUUAUGACUUGGCGCACAAUUCGCCGCACAAAACACCAACCAAUUUACUCUACUGUUCAAUCAAUAAAUCUAAAUAACUAAGAAAUAUUCAAAUGACAAUACUGAAAUCAUCAUAAAGGUGAACCAGUAACACCGCCUCCACUAUUAUUAGUAUGAUAAUGAAAGUUGAUUCUGACGUCACUUAACACCUGGGAAAAUCUUUAUUUUCAAGAUAAGAGAGAACAAUGUUUCUUAUUUUAACGUCAUAUGUUCUAUAUUGUUAUACUUAAAUGUAAAGAUAUAUAAUUUAUACUGUUAUACUACAUAGAGUUUUACGAGAGAUAUACAACGUCAAUUCAUCAUACGUCACAGACCACGAGUAUACCAGCAAGUAUACUAUAUAAACCAAUAGACAUAACCCAUAUUGGCCUGCACUUAGCUUCAACUCUCUCUAGCCUCUCAUGUAUGUGUUAAAAUUUUCCUUUUAUUCCACUACGUAAGCUAAUAGCUGAGUUACCAUCUGCAUCUAUUACUUCUUCACAACUCGUCGCAAUAGGCUAUACAGGUAUACGAGUACCUUAUUUAUAUGACAGAGAGAGAGACUAACAGCCCGUCUUAUCGACCCACCUUGAAGUUUAUUAUGUGUUGACAAUCUUCCAGUCAUCAUGAAUCAGACACACGCGAGAGGUCCUUCCACCCCGCGCUCACCAUCAACACUUUAUGGACAUUGUACUCGUGGGCAACAAAAAUUAUCCGUAUCUUUCUAUCCGGUGAAGUCGCCCGGCAUUCUACAUUGUGUAAACCUGUGUGUAAACGGCUCAUUUUUCGGUCUGUUUAACUUCAUUGGGAGCACUUUUCACAGUCUUUGUAACUUCCCGUUGAAGAAAGAACACUUAGAGUAAAUACUUUAUAUCGACUAUAGAAAACAACUCAACAAUUAUAGGGCUGCCGGGUACCCUCCAUCAGUAAGUGUAAGCGGUAUCAACAAAACGUAAUAGUAUGGCAUAAUGGUACUGAAUGUAAACUGCCUUCUGAGUGCGUCCCCUAAACUCAGCCUUAGGACGGACUCGCUGGCGGGCACAGUCGGCGAGCACCAGCUUUAAGUGUCUUCAGAAGUAACAAUGGAUCAAAAUACACACCCCUAAGACACAAGUUACUGGCAAGCUUCCCACCUGAGCCAGGAGUGGUGGUGCUGGGCGGCCCAGGGGCACCACGAGGGAGGCCAACUCCUGAAGCUGCACCUCAACAGGCUACCACACCACUGUCAGCUGCCAAGGGGUGCUUAACCACUUUCAUGGGCCCAGUAACAUCUCCAGGAGAGUAACGCUUUUACUGCGAACUUCAUGUACUCCGGUGGUCUACCAAUACCUCCCCGGGUGAGGACAUGCCAAUAAGUAACAAGUGUUUCUACUGGGUAGUUGAAGCACCCAAGGGUAUCCGGAUAUGUAGGCCGGGCGAUGGUAAUGUCAGUAAUAGCCGACAUCGCCAGAGGUGCGGCCUUCGAGUCUUCACAACCGUGUUCGGUGUUUUCUUUAAGAUGUUGUUCUGGCCUUGGCCGCUCCUAAACUCUGCCGCUUGUCGCCAGUGUCGUCCUGUACCCUGUCACUGUUAUACAUAGAGCCCUCUCUUUCCACAUCUACACUCUUAUCAUUUUCUGAACAAUCACUCGUCAAAAUUUCCAAAAUCUGUCGUUGAAUAUCGACCAGAAUAAAUAUUUGGGGGGAUAAACACCAAGUGGCUUGAGGGUGGAGCACCUGUUGCAGCUGGGAGAGCAGGGGACCAAUUGGUUCUACCAAGAAUGAAGGACACAGAACCAAUAAUGAUUAGAAAGCGAAAUAUGGAGGCAAUUGUAACGUAGUGUUAUUACCUCUAACAAGCUGUUCUUUAUGGGUCACACAAGAGAAGUAGCUAGUUGUUAAAAAUCAUGUGAUUUACAGUGCAGCAGCUGCGAGGGCACAACCCACUCUCAGGCUUCUCGGCUGCCGACUACACUUUAUAGUUAAUGAAGGUUGAGGUUACAAGUUGUUGCAGUACUCUUACUCUAACUUGAGAUGUCUUCCUACUGGCAACAAUUCAUCACACGAGACACGCUCUCUCCAUAGCCUGUAUCAUAAUACACUUAGCAUUAGUUCCUAAGGGAGCGAGUCACUGCCCCGCUGCUACUGGAGCUCCGCCCCCUGGCCAGCGGCACGUCACUACCAGCUGCCACUUGGCUGGUGACUAAUUAACUUUAUCUUUGCUUCCCUGUCUGUGUCGUAGGAAAACUGUAAGGUCGCUAACACAAUCACCAACUCUUGCUCAACUGAAGUCCCAUUUUGAUAUAUAUAUAUAUAUAUAUAUAUAUAUAUAUAUAUAUAUAUAUAUAUAUAUAUAUAUAUAUAUAUAUAUAUAUACACGAGUACUGUAAAAAACGAAAUCACUCCCAUAAAAGUCGUUUGUAAAGUUUACCAAUAAAAAACCCAAGCUGGAAGAUGUUGGACCUGGCCGUCUUGUCUGCGUCAAGAUUGGUGUUGGUGGUUGUUCAGUGGCCGUAGCUUCUAUAGUCUGUAUACAUGCAUAUACAUACCGUAUAUAAAUAAAUACAUAUGCUACGACACCACUGUAAAGAAUACAUGUUGUUAUCGCUGUUCUUGUUGAAGCCUUGAAAAUAAUUUCUAUGUGUGAAAAUAUUACUUUUGGGUGUAAAACAGGCUCUAGGGUGGCCCUCGCCGCUGCCUACGGCCUGGGCUAGGCCGAUGAUGCCACUUCAAUAACACUAAAACGAAUGUCAAAUUGAUAAAUGGUUAAUGAAU